AUGGCGGGCAGGCAGAGGCAGAUGCGGCGGCCAGGGGCCGGGCGAGUGCUGCUGCCCGCUUUGCUGCUGUGCUGGUGCUGCCGGGCGGCGCCGGAGCGGCUCCGCUACGCCAUCCUCGAGGAGCUGGGCAGAGGCUCGCUGGUGGGGCCGCUGGCGCGGGACCUGGGGCUGAGCCCGGCGGAGCUGCCGGCACGCAAGCUGCGGCUGAGCGCCGAGAAGCAAUACUUUACCAUGAGCGGGGAGAACGGGAACCUGUACGUGAGCGAGAGCCUGGACCGGGAGGAGAUGUGCGGCGAGUCGGCGUCCUGCUCCGUCAGCUUCGAGGCUCUAGUGCAGAACCCGCUCAACGUUUUCCACAUCGACGUGGCCAUCCAGGACGUGAACGACAACGCGCCGCGGUUUCUUAGAGAAAACAUGCACUUAGAAAUCAUAGAAUCAACACCUCCUGCUGCCCGUUUUUCCUUGGGCAUGGCAUACGACGCAGACGUCGGCAGCAACUCGCUGCAAGGCUACGAGCUGGAGGCCAACGGGUACUUCUCAGUGGAGGCGAAGGAGAGCCCGGACGGCAGCAAGUUCGCGGAGCUGGUGCUGCGCCGGGCGCUGGACCGGGAGCGAGAGCAGAGCCUGCGGCUAGUGCUGACGGCGGUGGACGGCGGAGACCCGCCCCGGAGCGGCACCGCCCAGCUCUGCAUCAACGUCACAGACGCCAACGACAACGCCCCCGUGUUCGCGCAGGAGCGGUACCGCGUGAGCCUGCGGGAGGACGCGCUGCCGGGCUCGACGGUGCUGAACGUGUCCGCCUCCGACGCCGACGCUGGCAGCAACGCCCGCAUCACCUACGGCUUCGGGGAAACGCCGGCCAAGGUGCUUCAGAAGUUUGUGGUGGUUGCGGAGAGCGGGAGGAUCACGCUGCAGGAGUCGCUGGACUUCGAGGACACACGUAGCUACACGCUGCUGGUGGAAGCAAGGGACGGGGGCGGUCUCUUGGCGCACUGCAAGGUGGAGGUGGAGGUGCUGGACGUGAACGACAACGCGCCCGAUAUCACGGUGCUGUCGGUAUCGAGCCCCGUGCCCGAGGACGCGCCGGCCGGCACGGUGGUGGCCCUGGUGAACGUGAAGGACCCGGACUCCGGGGAGAACGGUCAGGUGUGGUGCGAGCUGUCGGGCGAGGCGCCGCUGUCGCUGGUGGCGUCGUCGGGCGGCUCGUACAAGGUGGUGACGGCGAGCUUGCUGGACCGGCAGCAGGCGUCGGAGCACCGGGUGACGGUGGUGGCGAGGGACCGGGGCAGCCCGGCGCUGUCGAGCAGCACGGCGCUGGUGCUGGAGGUGUCGGACGUGAACGACAACGCGCCGGUGUUCGAGGAGGCCGCCUACAGCGCGUACGUGGCGGAGAACAACGCGGCGGGCUCACUGGUGCUUCGAGUGAGCGCGCGUGACGCGGACGCGGGCGCUACGGGCCGCGUGAGCUACUCGUUGGAGGGCGACAGCGCGGGCGCGGCGCCGUACGUGUCUGUGGAGGCGCAGAGCGGCGCGGUGUACGCGCAGCGCUCCUUCGACUACGAGCAGUGCCGCGAGUUCGCCAUGGUGGUGCGGGCGCAAGACGGCGGGUCGCCGGCGUGGAGCUCGACGGCGACGGUGCGCGUCUUCGUGUUGGACAGCAACGACAACGCGCCGCGGUUCCUGUGGCCGGCGAUGGCAGGCUCGGGGACAAACCCGGGAGGUGCCCUGGCCUCGUCCCCAUUCGAAGUGGUGCCGCGGUCGGCAGAGGCCGGGUACCUGGUGGCCAAGGUGGUGGCGGUGGACGCGGAUGCGGGGCGCAACGCGUGGCUGUCAUACGAGCUGGUGCAGGCGCCGGAGCCGGCGCUGUUCCGCGUGGGGCUGCACAGCGGCGAGGUGCGCACGGCGCGGGCCGUGUCGGAGAGGGACGCGGCGAAGCAGCGGCUCGUGGCCGUGGUGAAGGACCACGGGCAGCCGGCGCUGUCGGCCACGGCCACGCUGCACGUGGUGCUGGCCGAGAGCUUGCAGGAGGCGCUGCCGGAGCUGAGCGAGCGGGCGGCGGGCGCCGAGUCGGCGGCGGAGCUGCAGUUCUCCCUCGUGCUGGCGCUGGCGCUCCUGUCCGCGCUCUUCCUGCUGAGCGUGGCGCUGGCCGCGCUGGCAAGGGGCCGCCGUGCCGGGCCGCCCGCCGUGCUGCGCUGCCUGGGCGCUCAGCGCUUCUCCGGGGCGGGCGCCGCCUUCCCGGCCGACUUCUGCGAGGGCACCUUGCCCUACUCCUACAACCUGUGCGUGGCGCCGGGUCGCGCUGUCGCCGAGGCCUCUUGGCCGCCUCCGCCGGUGCCCAUCCUGCCCGCGGAGCAGCUUCUCGGCGUGGAGCCCUGUGGGAAGAGGAACCCGAGCAGCAGCGCCGGCGCGGGAGAGCCGCCCGCGGAGCCCGACGCACCGCAAGUAGGUAAACCCGCUUUAUGA